AUGGGGGUCGAAGGAGUCGAGCCAGUGGCACCAAAGCCCGGCAUGUUUGCCAAGCUGGACGCAGCCGUGGAGAAGAGCAUCGUCGGGAAGUAUUUUGCUGUCACAGCACGCAAGACCACCUUCUCCACGGAGAUGCGCGCCGGCGUGGUCACUUUCCUCACAGCCUGCUACAUUCUGGCGGUCAACAGCGCGAUCCUGGCGGACACCGGCGGCCCCUGCACUAUCAACGACUGCACCAACCCCAAGCCGGGCUGCCAGUUUGCUGACGACCCCGGCUAUGAGGCCUGCGUGGUCGCCACCCGCAAGUCCCUCGUGACCGCCACCGCCGCCACCGCGGCGAUGGCCACUUUUCUGAUGGGCUCGAUUGCCAACCUCCCCUUCGCAAUCAUGCCCGGCAUGGGCGUGAACGCGUACUUUGCCUACACGGUUGUGGGCUUCCGGGGGACCGGGAUGAUCACAUACCAGGAGGCUCUCGCGGCAGUGUUCAUCGAGGGCUGGAUCUUUGUUCUGCUCUCCGUGUCCGGCCUCCGCUCGGGCCUGCUGUCGCUGGUGCCGCGCGCGACGAUGCUCGCCACCGCCGGCGGCAUCGGGCUCUUCCUGGCCUUUAUCGGGCUCCAAAAGUCCGAGGGCCUCGGCGUGGUGGUCGCUGACCCCGCCGUCCUCGUCACCCUCGGCGGCUGCCCCCACGCCAACCAGGUCCAUAUGUACGCGAUCGCCGACCCCUCCCCUGCGGCCGUCUGCUCGGUGGACCCCAAGACUGGCGCUCUGGCCGCAAACCUGGGCCCUGCGGGCGCCAACUACAUGUGCAAGGGCGGCAAGAUGAAAUCCCCGACCAUGUGGCUCGGUGUGGCGGGCUUCACUGUCAUCGUGGUGCUGAUGUCACGCCGCGUCAACGGCGCCAUCAUGCUGGGCAUUCUUUUCACCACCUUCAUCUCCUGGAUCCCCGGCCACGGCGCGUCCUACCUCGGCUCUGACACCGACAUACCAGGUGGCGAAGACCGGCUGGAGACGUUCAGGCAUGUCGUGUCGGUGCCCAACGCUGCGAAAACGUCGCUCACCUGGUCCUUUGGCGCCUUCACCAACUCACACCUCUGGGUGGCCCUGGUGACCUUCCUGUACCUCGACUUCCUGGACGCCACGGGCACCAUGUACUCCAUGGCUUCCACCAUUGACAAGGAACUUCCCGGCUUCAUCAACCAGAAGGAUAAGUCUUUCCCCCGCUCGAUCUUCGCCUUUACCCUCGACGGCAUCGGCAUCGUCAUCGGCUCCCUCCUGGGCUGCGCGCCGCUGACCGUCUGCCUCGAGUCUGCCGCCGGCAUCAGGGAGGGCGGGCGCACCGGGCUGACCGCGCUGUCCACCGCGUUCUGCUUCUUCAUUUCGCUGUUCUUCACGCCCCUCAUCGUGUCGAUCCCGCCUUACGCGACCGGCGGGGCGCUGAUCAUCGUCGGCGCGCUGAUGAUGGAGAAUAUCGUCGACAUCGACUGGUCGGAUAUCGGCCAGGCGGUGCCUGCCUUCCUCACCAUUGCCAUCAUGCCCCUGACCUACUCGGUGGCCUACGGCGUUAUCGCUGGCCUCUGCGCAUCCAUCGUCAUCUCGCUCAUUAACCUCACAUUGGACGUCUCCGGCGCCCUCGUCUCCCGCAAGCCUGUCAAGGACGCUGUGCUGCCCUAUGUGCCCGGGAUCAUCCUGGGCCGAUUCGCCAACGUGCGGCCCCUCAAGAGCGCCAGCGGCAUCCUGCAGGAGCACGUGGACCCAGAGCACGAGCGCCAUUACGAGGAGGUGUCCAAGCGCGCCUACUCGGAGGGGCGCCCCGACGCCAAGAUCUACGAAUCUGACAAAAACAACGCAGAUCUCCCCAAGUAA